UAUACCCAACUUUUCUAUACGACAAAUACCAGCUGCUCUUCCCCUCAGCGCAUCCGCAUCCUCGCCGUGAGUGCUGUCUUGCUUCGAGUUUGAGCGAAACUGAAUCUGUUUGUCUUUCUGGGGACAGGGAGCUGAUACUGUUUUGGAGGAGAUGAAGAGGUUGCUUGUUCAUGGGAAGUUUUCCUAUCCCUCCAGGGGUUUGGCGGGCAAAUCUUCAGUCAUGCCUGCACUUUGCAACAAUGUUCUCCCCAGGUUCCUUUCAACGGAGAAAGAUGAGAACCCAGUGACAGAAAUCGGAGAGAAGGCAAGAUCAACAGCUGAACAGUUUCUGAGGGUGGCCAAGGAGAAGACUGACGAGGUAAGCGAAAACGCAAAGGAAACGUUGCACGAAACGAAGGAAGCAGUGGUUGGGGAGUCGGAUGACGAGAAGGAGAAGUUCAAGCAGAGGGUUGAGGAGGGGAGGUACCAUCAGAAUUAAGUGGCUAGUGCUCUAUUAUACUACCAUCUUGUAGUUUCAGACUAGUAUCAGUGGUGGCCUCUGUAGAAAUCAUAGUGCCUGCAGUUUAUCCAGUACUACUAGGCUUGCUGGCUUGGCUUCUAGGAGUAUUUGGUAGUAUCCCUGUAUCUGUAGUUUGUUUCCUCCUGUUCAAUGAUCUGUUUUGUAAAAUGAAUAAAUUCAGCUUUGAGCUUACAAGUGGUCUUUUGGUGCCAUUUGUGAUGCUAGUGAAUGCUCAA